GGUUGAAUUAUCUUUGGGGGAUUUGCACUUUGCCUUUUUUUUCUUUUUUUUUGCAUUCUUUUUGCCUUGGAACGUUUUCUUUCUUUUCUUUUUUUUUGCCUUUCGUUGUUUCUCUCCUUUAUCUCUAUUCCAGUUUUCUAUUCCGCAUUAUUUUGCCAUCGCCAUCGUCAUCUUUAUCAUCUGAUUUUUUGAUUCGACUCACCGCUCCGUCCGCUUUUCACCUCGCAUUGACGAUACUUACUUGCUUUAUCAGCAUAGCGCUCGUCUCCAUGGCAACUUCCUAUGCAUCUUUAUCACGGUUGGCUCGAUCAAAAAGCGGGGCUGAUAUACUGGUGGAUAAGAUGCGACUGGAGCAAGUUCAACAGGAUGAGCGCCAGGCCGUUCAUUUUCUCAAUAAUUACCUAAAUCUGUCAUUGAAAGAUGGACAACUGCAUAAAGCCUUGAACGAUGGAGUCAUACUAUGCAAUCUCGUUAACAAGAUCAAGCCGGGCACCAUCAAGCAUGUCGGACAAAAGGAUCUUUCAUUUAUUAAGAUGGAUAAUAUUACACGAUUCUUGCAAGGAGCUCGCCAGCUCGGAGUCAGCGAUACUCAACUAUUUGAAACCAUCGAUUUAUUCGAAGGCAAAGAUAUGGUGGCUGUGAUUCACACGAUUUUAUCGCUAGCCCAAAUCUGCGUGAAGCAGAAUUUGAUGGAUUCAGAUACAUUGAUACAGUCAGAGACAAAUGAGCGCAAAACUGACGAUGAAAAGGAGGGAAAUGGGAACAACGAUUCGGAAUCCAAAAGGGGGAUACUGCAGCCUUCCGAGGUGGAUGAAGACAAGGAGACAAAUACCGUGACAAAUGAGAAUGAAAUUUCACUACAUAAUGGCAAUGAAGACGGUACUUCCCAUGACGAAGAUUCCACCCAUUUCUCCGAACCAAUUCCGCCUUCACUUGAUGUGGACCCAGAAACAUCCACAUCCUACGGUGAAGAGGACGAAGGCUCGGACGGUUAUCGACAAGAAACGACGACGCCGUACCGUGAUGUGCGAGAUAUCUUUGUCGGCAUUGAUACGAAUUUUUCACCGACGCCAUCCAUCUCCACGCUUCAUCGAGAUAGCAGCCGAAUGAGCACAUUUUCACCGCUUCAACGACCUCCGAAAUCCCCAUUACGUACUUGCUCAAAAACCAAUAGCUUCUAUCAUACCUCUUCCUCCCUCAAGUCUCGACGUAGCCAUCUUGAUGAUGUGCGACAAAAGCGACUUUCAUCGCCUUCCGUUACGACGGGCAAAAAGUCGGGAUAUCCAUGUUCCGGGGCUACCAUGUCUCGAUCCAAUUCUUCAUCAUCCUGUUCGUCGGUUCUAUCCUCUGCAUCUUCCUCUUCCAGCCCUCAAACCCCUCGCACGCCCACGUCACUCUCCAGUAAAACCGGCUUGAAAAUGGAUCCUGCCCAAGUAGUGCGACAAUCUUCGACGCACAGUCAUCAUUCCCGUCGGGCCGAACGUCGACGACAAAGCGUGACUUUUCCUCCGCAAAAGAAACAUGGUCAUGAACAUGGCGAUCCAUUACCUGCAAGUGGCAGUGCCAGUGUAGGACGCAAGCUCGAACGCCAUCUUGCAGAGGCCAUACAGCAAGACGAUAAAUCCCGUGAAAGGUUACUGCUGCGAAGCAAAGAUGGCUCCAACAGCGCCCAAUAUCAACUUGGUAACUGUAUAGGAAAAGGCCAAUUCGGUUCAGUUUACAGGGCCCUGGAUUUAGCCACGGGCGAGAUCGUCGCGGUUAAACGAGUCAAACUCGAAGAUGGUGAAUUGGAUAAGGAGAUAAUGAAAGAGGUCAGCCUGCUUAAAAAUCUGUCCCACCAAAAUGUUAUCCAGUAUCUCGGAUUUAUACGCAGUAAACAUCACAUGAAUAUCGUAUUAGAAUACGCCGAGAAUGGUUCUCUCAUGUCGACAUUGAAAGCUUUUGGCGCUUUUCCCGAGAAGCUCGUGGCUUCCUUUGCCAUCAAGAUCCUGAGCGGUCUUGAAUACUUGCAUGUCAACCAAGUGGUUCAUUGUGAUUUGAAAGCGGCCAAUAUCUUGACGACCAAGACGGGGGAUGUAAAAUUAACCGAUUUUGGUGUAUCAUUGAAUCUUAAAAUUAAGGGUGCGGAUGCGGGAACGGUUUCUGGCACACCGAAUUGGAUGGCUCCGGAAGUAAUCGAACUAAAUGGCGCAUCACCCAAGUCGGAUAUUUGGUCCCUUGGAUGUACAUUGGUUGAAUUAGCGACGGGCAAACCGCCUUACGGGGAUCUUAUUGCCAUGUCGGCCAUGUUCCGUAUUGUCGAAGACGAUUACCCGCCCUUGCCUAAUAAUGUUUCUGCAGAAAUGCACAGUUUCCUCCUUUGCUGCUUCCAAAAGAAUCCGGAUGAAAGACCGAGUGCUUCCCAGCUCAAGAAGCAUAUCUGGAUUCAGAAAAAUCAGCAAGCGAAAAAGGUCGAUUCCUAUUCACGAAAUUUAUCCAACCACCUCCAUUCUGCAUCCUCUUCUCAUGUUCACUUGCCCAUGUCCAGUACCCAAUUUUUAUCAUCAGCUACUUCUCCAUCUUCCUCCCAUCACCGUCAUCAUAAACGACAUUCCUCAACCGAAUACGAUCGUCAAUCCGUUCCUUACCCUUCCAUGCAUCGUCGCAGCUACGUUUUACCCGAGGAAAAUGUCUCUUUCCACCGACCUAUCAGCGGCCUCGCCGAAGAAGAAGACUAUAUCACCCAUCGAUUUAUUCACACUUCAUUCGGGAAAACGGUGGAAUGCAAGGUGUGCGGUGAAUUGACGAAAUUGGAAAUCAUUUUCUGCGAAGUGUGUGCGCUCAUCUGUCAUGAAGAAUGCAAGAAAGCGGCCUUUUCAUGUCCUCCCAAAGUCAACGACCAACAACCUUCGUAUGAUUGGGUAUUCUCCGCCAAGAUAUAUAAUCGAAGCCAGAACCGUAAAGGCACCCAGGAAAACUUUUUGCGCACUUGUGAGAUCCCCACCAACCGUACCAGUCAUAUCAUGAUGCCAUCCGAGAGUCAAGUGGAAGACAUCCGAAAAUACUCCCAAGCGCUGGGUUUAACUCCUCAGGAGGAGCUUGCAUUAAGUCAAAACCCGGCAUUGUUAUCCCAUACCUUGGCUUUGCAACAAUCCAUGAAAGCACAAAGAACAAGCGCGCAGUACCGCGGCUGAUAAUUUUCCCUAUCGAAUCGCCCGGCGUAAUAUUUUUGAUAUGUAAUGUGUAUUUAUAUGUGGCAAGCAUAACUAGCUUGGGGUUGCCCCCACCGUUAAUUCACCCAACGUGGGUGGGACCAUCGACGUAUCGGGCCUGAUAGAUGCGAUGGUGUUACUUGUAUCAUUUAAAUAAAAUGAUUUUUGGUCGGUGCUUGUCGAAUGCGCAAAGUGGCAUUGACUUGCGAAAGCAGUCUGACCGCACCUGCCAAACCAAUGGAAGAAAGCAGCUUGCUGAUCGCGAUUCCGUGCUGCGUAACCUCUGCGCACGGCAGGACAAUUUGAGAUUGAUGCAUCGGACUGCACCAAGGACUUGCU